UUCCUUCAUUUUUCCUAAUCUUUGGGUUUCUCGUUCGGAAGGUGUUUGAUAAAAUUCCUGAAUGUCCUCCCCCCUCCCUAGUAGCUAGCUUUGCAGCAGCGAGUCACAAUCCCAAUUACCACCUUACUUCUUCAAACACGCCAGUAUUUUCCAAAAUGCGAAGAGCCUCAAGGAUCAUUUCACUACCAGCUUCGAAUUUCAUCGCCCGUGCUUCUUCUUCUGCUUGCGCUGUAAACAAACACUCCUUCAUUACGUUGACUGCGCAACAAAAUCAUCACAACCUGCACCUGCAAUCGUUUCCUGGAGAUUUUCUGAAAUGGGGUUCGCUUGGUUUCUUUAGGACGUCGAGCUUUGCUACUGGGUUCGCUCCCUUGAAGCCUAAGCCGUUGGGGUCCAUUAUUGAUGUUGAGAGGGUUAAGGAUCGCUCAGCCGAGGACAUCGCUUCAGCUUGGGACGAUUGUUAUUUACUUUUGGGAUGGGUUGAGUUUUAUCAGUUUCACCUGGGAAGAGGUCAUAUUGGUGCAUCCAUGAAAGCAAACCUGUAUCACCUGCUGGAGCAUAGAGCAGCGGAAUGCCGGUAUUUUGUCAUUCCCUUGUGGAGAGGAGGUGGUUAUAUUACAAUGUUUGCACAAGUGCAGACGCCACACAUGCUUUUCACUGGUCUUGAAGAUUACAAGGCAAAGGGAACUCAAGCUGCUCCCUACUUCGCUGUAACUUACUAUAAUGAAUUUGCGGAAAGCAAAGACAUGGUGCUUAUCCGUGGCGAUGUCGUAAUGCCCAGCAAACUCAGUGACUCAGAGGCAAAAUGGCUUCUUGAGACCACCCAAUCAUUUUAUGUGAACGAUACGAGGUAUAAGCUGGUUGAACGAUUCAACAGACAAACACACGAUUUUGAGUUCAAGGAUGUCUUGCAAGCAUUGGAAAUACCCAAUCUGUGAUUUCUCCAACAGAAAGUAAUUCAUCUUAGUAGCAGCGAUAGAAGCUUUGUCAAUAAUGGAGAAUUAGCUUCAUUAGUUUUGCAAGGGGGCGUUGUACUUGUGAGAGUGUCAUCAUCCUACACCAUGUUAAAUGCACACAGCAAAUGAAAUGGAGAAGGAGAGAGUCUCAUACUCGGUAGCAUAUUUCAUACUGACUUGUGCCCUGAAGUUUCUGAGUGUCCAUUUUUCUUUUCUUGUUGACCAAUUCUUUGGUGUUAUAAAGAGUAAACUUGAGACGAUGAUGAAUUCUUUCAUCCCUCUUUUAGAUUUAAGUUCUCGUUCGGAGUUGCAUGCUCCAUUUCUUAA